GGAGUUUUCUCCGUGCUCGGGGCCCUGGCGUACAUCACGGGCGUGGGUGUCACCUACGCUGGGCAGUCAUGCGAGCUCAUGGGGAGGGGGGCCGGGUACUGCUGCUGCAACGUCUGCAGGCAGGCGCAAUUGAUUGGACAAGGCUGUGUGCGGGCGGGUGCGUGCGUUGGCAAGGAGUGUGUGAAGUGCGGCGUCUCGGCAGGCAGGACGGCCACGGCCGUCGCGGUCGGCGGAUCCAGUGCCCCGCCCUAUCAACUGCAAAAAUGUGUGGGUCUGGAAGAUUGCCAGGUUUGUCAUGCAUAUUUUGAAUGACCCAUGAUGUCUGUGAUGCAUGCCCUAUCAUCACAGAUUUUAAGAACAAUUUGUGAUGCCUCUACCGCAUGAGAAAUGCCCUCUCCGCGUAGCACAAACUGGAGCCCUCCUGCUGGUCAUGCAACACAAAUUUUUUUAGAAUCCAGAGACAGCAUUACUUCCAGACCCAGACAUAUUUGCAAUGCAUACGCCCCAACAGCAGACCAUGAACGACGGUGGCGCGCAAGCGACAUCAGGGGCGCCCUCGCAGCAGACCGACGAUUGGGGACUUCGGCCGGACGAACAGCCCGGCUGUUGGCCCUGCGUAUGGAGUUCUCGCCACAUCGAAUGGACGGGGCGACCGAGCACGCCGGCAGCCGAGGCGCCAAACGGCUCGGCCGUCGUUUCGGGACUGAAGGAAUGUGGACGAAAAUGGUGCCCGGCCGGAGUUCUCGGAAGCUGUUGCUGUCCUGCCGUCGCUUGUUCGGCCGCGGUUCUUGCUGAUGGUUCCAACCUAUCCUAUUGAAAAUUGCUUUCGCGCCCUCGUCCUCCCCCAAGAAGAAGACAAGUUUAUUUCACUUCGUAUGUAAUCGAAGAUGAUCGAUGUUGUUCUCGGAUUAUAAUAUCUAGGCUGUCGAGCUGGUGUUGACAGGCCAUUUUUUGAAACUGCGACACGGGAGGUAAGUACUUCGCUCUCGCUCACAUUGCGUAGGAGUGACAGCUUGUAUACUUACUCCAGAGGGCAACAUCAUGCAGGACAUACAGCUGCAAGGACUUUAUUUUCCAAUCCUCGAGAACAGCGGCUGUUACGUGUUGCAGUUACUAAAUCUGCUUGCCAUGCGAUGAAUAUCUUCAAAGUGUUUUUUCCAGUGGGUGGUGGCCGGGGGAUGCGCCUUUCUUUUCGAUACACCCUUGCUCUACGCAUCGGAAACGGGGCGAUGGCCUUCGCCGGGACGAGCCUGCUUGUGCUGCUGAAAGGGCUUCUUGGUCUGGUAGACGUGAUGUCCAGGAUCUUGUGGCCGCUGACGAAGUUUGCCAAACUGCUGCUAACUGCUCUCUGGGUGGUCAUCGAAUUAUUUGUGGAGCUUAUCAAGGACGGCGGACGUGGACUCGUGUCCAUUUUGACGAAGGCGUACGCCGUACUGUUGAAGGGCUUCGUCUUUGCCUGGAAUUAUCUCGCCGCUCCUGCCGCACAGUUUAUGCAUUGCAAAUAUGUCUGGGUCUGGGACGAGAGCAGGGCGCGACUUGGACCGUCGCAUUCACAUGUUCCUGAAUUCUGUAAUGCAUGCUGGGGAACGGGCGCACCGCAGCCGCAGGAGCACUGCUUCUGCUUCUGUGUCUCUGUCGUGACGCAAAAUCGCAGUUUUUAUUCAUUUAUCAUGCGCGUUAUUUAGAUUUACCGAGCGAUUGCUUGAAAAAAAAUUGUCAUGCGUAGGCACGUGGUACGGCAGUCAGUUUUUUAUCCAGGUGUGAGGGGAACGACAGCUUUCCAGACCCAGCCAUAUUUGCAAUGUAUACGGUGCUUUUGGAACAACGUUCUCCAUCCAUUAUGGCAAAACAUUCUCGUCCCUGUUGGAAACUUCUUGGGUGUCCAGGUGACCCGGUUGGGGAGUGCGAUCGUCACAGGGUGCACGGCAGCCUCGCGCUGCGUUGGGGGAGCCGUGAGUGCCGU